GCACUGGAUGUGCAUAGCGAUAAAUUCAAUAACAUCAACCUAGCUAGGCCUAGCGAGUGUAUACUUCUUACAUUUAAAAUAUUUCUGCUGCACUGUAUCGCCAUUAUCUCAAAGUAAAAUGGAUUCGCUAAAAGACAUGGACAUAACAUCUGAGGAGGUAGAUAGGUUUCAAAAUGCAUUGAAGGAUGAAAAAUUUAGAAAAAUGUUUGUUGAAUAUGCGGAGGAAAUCUCAAAUCCGGAAAAUCGUAAAUUGUAUGAAGAGGAGAUAACCAAAAUGGAGGCUGCACGUGGAACUGACGUCCAAUUCAUUUACCCUGUCCCUGGAUUCGUGCUGAAAACAAGCGUAAAUGGCGAUAAAAAGGCAUUUAUCAAUGUUUGCAAGAAUGAUAGAAUCGAGAAAGCUUCGUCGACCACAACGAUUAGGACUAAUGCCCAGGGAAAGAAAUCCAAAGGUGACCAGUGGUCGAUGCCCUACAGUUUGUCUGAUGGUAGGGAUGACCUCGACAAAGCUGGUGCAGUUUGCAGAGUUUAUGAUGUUGUUUUUCACCCAGAUACGUUUAUUUUUGCUGAAAAAGAACCUCGAUUAAAACAAUUGAUGAUAGAUACAUCCAUAGAUGGAAUUGAAACGAACUUUAAAGUAAAAUUUGAUAAGGCAAACAUUAAAGAAAUGAAAAAAUUAAAAUUUAAAGGAACUCCGGUGGCAACUAUGUUAAGGACUCAGAAUGGGAACAAACCAAAAACUAUAGAAGAUGGUGUUGCUGCUUUAAACUUAAAAUAUCCUUAUGACGAUGAUGUCAAAAAUAGGUCACCAAUAAAAGAUCCCAAAGACAAUGACAAAAUUACUUCAAAGUCAAGCAAACCAAAUUAUACUGUACCAGAAUAUACUAUAAUUCACAGGGGAGAAUUUGACAUGCAGAAUUUCACGAAUUCACCUGACUCUAUGACCAGCACACGGCCAAAAGAACUUGUAAUCAAAAUCAAACUACCUCUUUUAGACUCUGCUGCCAAUGUUGAUUUGGAGGUGCAUGAACGACAGUUGGUUAUUGAGUGUGUUAAGCCUGUGUCGUAUAAACUAGACAUAACAUUACCUAAUCCUGUGAACGAUGAUCGUGGAACAGCAAAGUUUGACAAGAGCAAAAGAUGUUUGGUUGUCACGCUUCCGGUUAUAAUGCAAGAAUUGCCAGCCAUGCCAUCCUUUGCUCCUGCGACUGCAAAUGCAGAACCAUUGAUCCAAGAGCUGCCAGAUCCUGUUGAAGAUGAAUCGAACGGUGAUGUUCACUGGCUCAAAAAUAUGGAAAAUAACACAGAUAUUCAUGACGGAGAGAUUGUUGGAAGCAAUGAAGUUGAAGGUGGAAAAAUGGAAGAACCCAUAGUUGUAAAUUGUAAAGAGGAGGAAAAGAAUAAUGAGGAAGAGGUUACAUUGGUGCAUCCAACAUUUACAUUUUCUCAAGACAGUGAUUUUGUUCAUCUGGUAAUUGAUGCGUGUGGUGUGCAGCCUGCAUCGGUUGUCUACCAACUCCCAGCUCUUCAGGAUGCUGUCAGCAUCAAGAUGAUGGACGCAGCCAACCCUGGUGGUCCAGUUCAGUACUCACUAUAUCUUAAGUUUACCGAUGGUUGCACGAUAAGCAAAGAUGUCUUGGUGGAUGUCUCAGCAGAAAAUGUAGUAGUAGCGUUGGAGAAGCAGCCAAGCUGCAAAGGACUCUGGGAUAUGCUGAUGGCUGGAAUUAACCAGCAAUCUUUGCAGGAAAAGAUGUUCUUAACUGAAAAUAAUGUCAAGACAGUGUUUGAUGAAGACAGUAACAACAGUGGUGUGUUCGAUAACAUUGGUGCAAAUGAUGUAAACUUGAAUGUGACUACAUUAGAUGCGGACAAAAUGCAUCUGCACAUCAGUUUGGGGAAUGAUGCAGAAUACAGUCUGAUGAAUGGUGCAGGAGAUGGAAGGAUAGAUGAUGGAGAGGAUGAGAAGUUGGAUGGCACAACGGAAUCAAAGAUCAAUGGUGCUGGUGAUUCCAAGAUCAGUGGUGCAAAGGAUGAUAACAUCAAUGGUGCUGAGGAUUCAAAGACCAAGUCUGAGAAUGAUGUAGCCAUUCUUGCAACAGCUUGGCAGAACCUCGACCUUGAUGGUUGCAAUGACACUACAUCGCAGUCAUCAACGCCAACUUCACCGUCAUCCUUAAAAAGCCUUCUAAGUGGCAACAGGAGACGUUGUCACAAAUCUGUUAGCUUCUGUGAAGAGGUCGAGGUUGAAAUGCUAGUAAAAAAAGGAAAAGGCAAAAAGGGGCAAGCGCCCAAAGUAAGACGCACUCUGUCCUAUGAGAAGAUCAAAGAUAACUCUUGGAAUUCUUUCAGCGAUUCUGAGUUUGUGCUUAACUCAAAUAAUAUCAAAGUGAAUAUCUUGAAACCAAGGGAAACCGGUCAAAACCGGAGAAGGAACAGGAGAACCCUGAAAAAUGUUGGGGAUAAAAAUAGCGAUUCAGAGGCAGUAGAAUCAAGAAUUCAGUCUCCUAGACAGAAGGGAAAAACGAAAAGACAGAAAAGGUCAAGCAAGAGUGGUAAACGGAGUAGUGAGAGUCUUAGCGAAAGAUCAGAAACUUCGGAGGAAGAGACUAAAGCGUUUGAUGAAAACAAGAGUGAACGAUUGGAAACCUCCGAUGAUGAGGUGAUUCUAAAAGAAGACAAUAAGGAACAUCAACAGUUAAAUAACAACAAUGUGGAGAUGAAAUCAGGUGAAAUCAUUGCAGUUGACGAUGAUGCGGACAAACCGCUUGAACUCCAAGACCAUCGAACUGCCAGUGCUGUCAGUUUUUCAAAUAUUGUUAUCCAUGAAUUGGAUUAGAAUGAUCACAAAGAAUCACUGAUUCACAGUGUUCAGUACUUGCACUACUCAUGAAUAAACAUGAGGUUAUUGCUAUGAUCUCAUGUUUAUUUAUAAGCAGGAAUGUUACAUUUUUCUUCAAGGAACCCUCCCCUUCUCUUAAGAUGUUAUGGAGCAGAAUUGGUGUUUAAUAGUUCCAAUGUUUUAACCAAACGCUAACAUUUCAUGAUCAUUUUUUUCACAUCCAUUGUCUAAGCAAUUUCCGUUAGAACUACCAUCAGCCAAGCUGUAGGGGAAAAGGAUGAUAUGAUACACAAGCAUUCCCCCUUAUAUAUAUAUGCCACUGGGUAUAGUAAUCCAUCUUUUCUUUGUAGACUUUGUACCAAGUUCAAUGUUUUGUUUUAAGUAUAAUAUGCACCACUUCAUGAAAUAUGAAAAUUAUAUUAAUUUGAAUUCAAUUCAUUUUGUUAUGCUGUAUACAGUAAUGUAAUUUUUACUUGUAUUGUAUUAUUUCAAUUGGUAAAUUCAGUCAGUGAAUUUGUUUCAUUGAGUCAAGUAAAAUUAUAAUUUCUACUCUGUAGUAUUAUUUCUAUUGGAAAAUUCUAUGUAGGAAUUUAUUAUGUAUAUAUAUAUAUAUUGUUCAGAAAUAUAAAUUGAUUUUGUUGUGGGUUGAUGAAUUCUAAUAUUUGUACUGCAAUUCGAAAAGCAGAUAAGUCAUUACAGUAUAUUGAGAAGCCAGUUACAGUUUUUAUGCACCUUCUUCUAUUGACUGUUAAUAAAUUCUUGUAAAACUA